UAUCUGCAGAUAAUGAAUGUGGAGAAUCAGACAAAGAUCACUGAGAUAAUAUUAUUGGGAUUCCAUCAACUUCAAAGACUGAGGACUGUUUUCUUCUCCGUAAUUCUUAUUGUUUAUUAUGUGACGAUAUCUGGAAAUACCAUCAUCAUGGUACUUGUGUCUUCUAAGAGACAUCUCCAUGUUCCAAUGUACUUCUUUCUUUCACAAAUUUCUAUCUCAGACAUUUUGUUGUCUACAAAUAUAGUACCUAAAAUGCUUUCUGUUGUCCUCCAUAAUGGUGGAAUUACGUCUUUUGCAGCAUGUAUUACUCAGUACUAUUUAUUUUGUGUCUUUGAAGUAUCAGAGUGUUUCAUUUUAACGGCAAUGUCUUAUGACAGAUAUCUAGCCAUAUGUGCCCCUCUGCAAUAUAACUCUUUAAUGGACUAUCGGCUUUGCAUUCAAUUAAUUUGUAUUUCCUGGAUCUUAGCUUUCUCUCUAGCAUUUAUUGUUCCAGUAACAAUAUCGCAAAUGGUAUUUUGUGGAUCAAAUGUCAUUGACCAUUUCUUCUGUGAUUUUGCUCCAUUGCUGGAGCUUUCUUGUUCAGACACCAUAACUGUACAAAUUGAAGGUUUAUUGUUAUGUGUUCCCAUACUGAUUAUCCCAUUUUUAAUUGUGUUGCUAUCAUACGUGUAUAUUGUCCUCGCCAUAGUAAGAAUUUCUACCACUACUGGAAGACAAAAAGCCUUCUCCACCUGUAGCUCCCAUUUGACUGUUGUUUCUUUAUAUUAUGGAAUACUCAUUAGCAUUUAUGCUGUUCCACCUAAACAAACAUCUCUGACUGUAAGCAAAGUCUUGUCUUUAUUUUAUACUGUGUUCACUCCAAUGCUUAACCCAAUAAUAUAUAGCCUGAGGAAUAAAGACAUCAAAGAAGCUCUAAACAAAUUAGUCAAUGAUAUUUACAGAGCAAAUAAAUGUAAAAGGAAUACCUAA